AUGGCGUUCGCUAUCUUCCAUAUUAUCAACAACUCAAAAGACCAUCAAGGAGGAAUGAAUGAAAUGUCAUCUAAAACCCAAGAUCCAUUGGUUCCCGAUCCAUCGACGUCUUUCAUCCACCUGCAAAAACAUCUCUACCCGAAGUUCAUCUCUGCUAGGCUCCAUGCACGCUUACCGACGAAGAAAGAAGCCGACCAAGCGAUCUCCAGGCGGAUAAAACAUCGCACUCCAGUCAUGGAUCGAGGCUACGGCCGUUAUAGCUGGCCGAAUGGAAACCCGGAUGAGGAACCGCUCCCACCAGCACAAUAUCUAGACCCAUAUUCGACGGAGCAGCCUUUCUCCGGUCAACCACAGACGCCGUUCAAUCACAGUGCCUCACCUUUUCUCCCAGGCGGACCUUUUGGGCCGUCAGGGCAGCCUUUCCAGAGUCCGUAUCAAAAUGGUAAUGGGUACGGCCAUCAAGUACCUGGCUCAGAAUACUCUCAUCAAGUCCCAGCAAUCAAUACAGACCAUAACCCGUUCAUUUCAUCUAAUCUAGCAGCCCCUCAGACGGCUAGCUACCAGACCGAAGCAGAUUUUGCAACCGGAGGCCUUGUGAUCCACGAUGGGUUCAUCCCGACUAACUUUGAGGAAUCCGACGAUGAAGAAGCGUCUUAUCCAGUGCUACCAGACGCAGUUCGGACGAACCUGCAGGGAUACCAAACUUAUGUGAACUCCUUUGAAAGUGGUAUCUUGUACGACCGUUCCGAUGAGGAUAGCGAGUCCGAAAGCGAGGAAGAUCCAGCUGUUGAAGAAGCAUUCGUAAACGACAUUAGAGAUGCCAAUGAUCCAGAAGUCGAUCCAGAUUUCUCGGCAUCAGAUGCCGAAGAACUGAACAGCGGCGAUGAACUGUUGGCUCCCGAAUCCCCGCGCAGAGGACGAGGAAGAGGCAAUGCUAGAUGGAGAGGCAGUGUGAGAGGGAAAGGCAGCGCUAGAGGUAGAGGUAGGGGCCGUGGUGGAGGUAGAGGCAGAGCCCGUGGUCGAUCGAUCCUAGACCGUCGCCCACCAGCUCGAGAGACUCGCAGUGGAAAUGUCAGACGUGGUGCUCGUAAGGCUGCGGAUCCAGGGCAGCAAUACAAGCGUCUUCAAAUAAAGGCGAACGAGUCGUACAUCAACCGGGACUUCAAAACGGCCGCUGAAUAUGCUAUGACAGCUAUACAACUCAACCCGGAGAUUUUCGCUACACACAGCCUUCUUUCCGAGAUCUACUUAGACAUGGGAGAUGAGCAACGCUCCAUAGAAGCUCUGAUCGUUGGUGCUCCGACUAAACGGGAUAAACACCUUUGGUUCCACGUUCUCCAGCGUGUCUGGGAUCUUGACGAGAAGAAGUAUCCAAUGUAUACACGGAAUACCAAAAUUGGCGUUGCAAUCAGCUGCCUGAGGGAGAUUUUGAUCAUAGAUCCCAGAGAUUAUGAAGCCCGACACGAAAAACUGAAGAUCGAGCUCGAACUUGGCAACGUUGCAAAAGCUGUGAGCCUUUGUCGUCUCAUGCUGGAGAUUAAGCCUCAUGAAACAGAUAUCCUGAGGGAAAUGGCGCGAAUAUGUACCAAGGAUGCUAAGGGCCAAAGAUAUCUUGACACGGCCUCGAAGAGCUUCGAGAACUCGAUCAAUCAUUUCAUCACUAACGAAGAAUUCUCAAACAGUAGCUUUGACUGGUCCUUGCUCAAUUAUUAUCUUGAAAUUGUCGAGAAGCAAAAGGAACACAAGAAAGCAGUCGCACAAGCCAAAAGGCUAUCCAGGUGGCUGCUUGGAAGAAAGGACGAGGUGUUCUGGGACGAGCUGGACGAUGAUCGAGAAUGGGACAUCGCACUUGAGCUAAGAAGAACCGACGUUGCAGGGUUUGAACUAGGAAAAUACCCGCUUGGCACUUACGGGGCUGGCCUGCCUAUGGAAGUACGGGUAAAAAUGGGGACUAAUAGGUUGCGGAUGAGCGGCCUUGACAAUUACGAAGAGGCUAUGCGUCACCUAGAACUACUUGAGCCAGACGUGAAAGGCACCGACGCGAAAGUCAUGGAUUACGGAGAUCUGUUUCGCGAAGCAGCUGAAGCUUUAAAAGCGGAGGAGCAUUUCGAACAAGCGAUUCGAUUCUACAAAACUUUGAAGACCAAUCCGGACGAGAUGACCGUUCCUUGUUACAUUAACCUCAUUCGAUCUUACAAUGCACUAGGUCGUUCUGAUGAAGCAGCCGAAGAUAUGGAAACCCUAAUCAAAUUCGACUGCAAAAAGGUGGAAGAGUUGGCUCUGCUAGCAAAGUUUCUCGAGGCAAGUGGUAAAGCGUAUGAAGCCAUUCAAAGAGGAAGACAAGCGUACAAUAUGGGCGGACAUUCCCUUCUCAAACGCCUACAGUUCAAGCAUAUUGCAGCGGUUUUGCCAGAUUGGAUGCCUAAAACUCCUAUGGGCAGAGGCCCAUACCAGAAACGGCUGUAUUCAAGUGUUGUUGGUAAAGCUCCCGAAGCCAAGAAAGCCGCAACCUCAAGUAAAAAGAGCCAGGCUGAGAAAACCGUUCGCCAGGGGAAGAGACUAAUGUUGAGAACGUUAGCUCCACGGCCAGUCAUUGGGGUUGAUGCUGUUCCUGGCGAAGAUGCCAUUACUAGUGAAGGCGAAGAUGUUAUGGAUGUCGACGAAGCGCUUACGGACGAGGAUGGUGGAGCGACAGAGGUGCCUGCUCAACCCUUGGAGACUCUCAAACCCAAGAAAAUAUCGAUGCAACAUCCGCGUAUCGUAGGCCCUAUAACGUAUAUGCCUUACUUGAUGGCGUUCAAUGGAGAGGCAGAGGACGAAGAAUUGCUGACACCCCUAACAUCAAUAAGAAAGAGAAUUCGGGAUGCGGAAAGACAGCGACCUGACGAGUUCCAUUACCAAAAGGGUCUUGAUCGUAAGAUGAGGGUUAACUUUGCAUUACUACGAGAGUUGGGGGAAGAUGCUACGAAAGGCGACCGCGUAGCUGCAGAAAAGUGUCUCGACGCCGGCGAGGAAAUGGUGACGGAGUUUUUGGGAUUCGAGAUGUUUUCGUGUGACAGAAACGAGCCCUUCAGAGGAUACUUCAGGAAGAAAGGGCUCGAGUGGAGAGAGGCCAUUUUGUCUCGGCUAGCAUGCUUUUCAAACAGAGUCGAUGAUGGCGAGCAGGAUAUCGAUCCUCGGGCUGAUGACUCUUGCAACGACUUCCACGGUAUUACUUUCGAGGACUGGGGCGGCGUUUUGAUCCAGUAUUCCCUCCUCCUUGCAAAGGCUGGCGACUCUGGGGCCUGCUUCGCAACCCUCAGCGGCGCAAGCAGAUCCUGUAUAUUCUGGCACAGAAAGGAUCUGCUAUACCGCAUCCACACCUGCUGGCUUGCUUGCGCUAUUGAGUGCGACUCUUCUCAGGAAGUCGUCAACGCCGUCCGUUGGUUCAUGAAGAACUUUCCCUACUCCAGCGACAUCUACCGCAUAUACAGCCUUGCCAACCGCCUGCUAGGCGAAGGAAGCUUUUACAGCACCGCUGUAAACCAGAAGUCAAUCCUCCGUCACAUCAAACUUUCCGACUAUCAGCAGAUGACCGACGAGCAGCGCGACUGGUUCAAGUACAACGAUACCGCGCGUGCUAAUUAUCUAGGCAAGGCCGUGCGAGAAGGACUGUUGCAGCAUGUUCGGGGCCACGACCCGGUCCUCUUCGCUCUCUUCGGCCACACCCUCGCCGAUGGCGCGACGUACACGGCAGCACUCAACUACUACUUCCGCGCCUAUACCAUCUGCCCAGAUGACCCCGUACUGAACCUCUGCAUCGGGCUGUGCUACGUGCAGCAUGCGAUGAAGCGGCAGAGCGAGAACCGCCAGUUCCAGGUCCAGCAGGGCAUGGCAUUCGUGUUCCGCUACUACGAGCUUAGGACGAAGGACGAUGUUGCCGUGCUUCUUCAAGAAGCCGAAUUCAACAUGGGACGCGUUUGGCAUCUGCUAGGCUUGAAUCAGCUUGCAAUGCCGUGUUAUCGGAAGUGUAUCGAGCUAGGGCCGAAGGUGAGAGAGGAGCACGAGAGAGGCGAGCAUAGUGACGUUGGAGCAGAGGAUUUUAGCGUAGAGGCGGCGUUUGCGAUCCAGACGAUACUGGCGCUGGCGGGUGAUUUCGAGGGCGCGAGGAGGGUGACGGAGGAGGCUCUUGUGAUUGAGUGAUUUAGGGGCUAUGGGAUUGAAAAGCGUUAACGGCGUCAAUGGGAUGGAGAUCAAAAGGCGAUACUUGUAGCAUUUCAGGAGUUUCGAGCUGCUCUCGCAUUUCCCGGAGUCGUUUCAGAUAGCAUGGGGGGGUUGGUAAUAGCGUGUCCUUUGAACACCGAAAAUUACAUCUACUCAACUCUCUCGCAGCAACCCAAGUUCUCU